AACCUAAUUUCAUCAACAAACCAAAGCAUACAUGCAAACAAGGAAUUGUCUCUUAGACAAGAAAACCGGUUAAUCAUAACAAUCAAUAUCCACACCUUAUAUAAACAUAGUUACAACGAAAAUUGAAGCCAAACAAAUUCAAUUCAAAACAUCAGCCAUAAAUAAGUGAGUUAUAAAAACUAUAAAAAAAAGUCCUAUUUAGCUUUAUAACACGUUCUAGAGCUUAUGGAUUUCAGGCAAAGAGCUCCAACUUUCCGUCCACAACUUUCUGUUCGUCGCGUGUACGAGACUUUGGAGCCACGAUCGGAGACAAAAGAACUUCCAGAAGCUUAUCUUCUGCGUGUUUAUAUUCCUGGUUUUCCAAGGGAGAAUGUAAAGAUUACAUAUGUGGCCUCUUCAAGAACGGUGAGGAUUACAGGAGAAAGGCAACUUCAAGGUAACAGAUGGCACAAAAUUGACAAAUCAUAUCCCAUUCCUGAUUAUUGUGAGGCAGAGGCACUUCAAGGUAAGUUUGAGAUUCCAAUUCUCACCAUUACAAUGCCAAAAAAGGCCACUUCACAAGCUGCUACUAAACAACAAGAAGUGGGAACAUCCCAAGAGAAAGGUGCAGUAGUAGCUGAACCAAAGCCUCAAGAAAAAGUCCAAGAGACCACUUCAGCACCACAACCUACAACAACUACUAAAGUGGAAGAACCAAUUGAAGAGAAGAAAAGUGCAUCACCAACAAGCCCUGAUUUAAAGGCACAACAAAAAAAUGAUACUUUUGAAGACACACCAUCUCAAAGCCUUUCAAAACCAAUUAAGGAUCAAAAGGGUCAAGAGGAAUUGGUGCCAAAACCCACACCAACACCAACACCAACACCAAGGGCAACUACAAUGCAAACAUAUGAAAAGGCUCAAAAGGGUCAAGAGGAAGAGGAGGUUGAGUCAAAGUCAACACCAACAAUGCUAACCAAGGCCAAAACAGCUGAAAGACCACAAAAGGGUGAAGAGGAAUUUGAAGCAAAGCGAACACCAACAAUGCUGACCAAAGUCAAAACAGCUGAAAGACCCCAAAAGGGUGAAGAGGAAUUUGAAGCAAAAUCAACACCAGCAAUGUUGACCAAAGCCAAAACAGCUGAAAGGCCACAAAAGGGUGAAGAGGAAUUUGAAGCAAAACAAACACCAACAAUGCUGACCAAAGUCAAAACUGCUGAAAGACCCCACAAGGGUGUAGAGGAAGAAGAGUCAAGACCUUCAAUAACAAAUGUUACAAGGAAGCCAUCAGUUAAGGAGCAAUUGGAGGAAAAGAAGACAGAGGAAACAAGUGCUGAAGAUGCAAAGAAGGAAAGGAUCUCAAAUAAGGAAGUUAAAGAGGAAUCUUCUGAGUCAAGAAAGCCUAUGAAAGAUAAGGAGGAGGGUGAUUUUGAAGAGAAAGAAACCAAGGCAGAAAAAUUGUUAGCCAAGGAAGCAGAAACUUCUGCCCCAAAAGUUCAGAAGAAAAAGGAAAAGCAAUCCAGCAACAGAACUAAUUCCAAAAGGAAAGGGAAGAGUGAAGACAAUGCAAUGGAAAAGGUUGGUCCUGUCUCCCAGGUUUUCACCAAAAUAGCAGAAGGGAUAUGGAAUGAGGAAGAGAAAAAAUUAGUUGGAAAUAUUGGUGCUGCAGUUUUGGUCAUUGCUGCAUUGGGAUAUUAUGUAUCUUAUAGGUUUGCCUCUUGAGGGAGAACCUAAAACAAGUUAUUUUCAACGCAUCCUUUCUCACACAUGUACAUGAAUCAUAAACUGUAACUCAAAUCAGAGGGGAAUAAAGAGUGUAUGCAAUCUAUAAUUCAUAUUUCAUGUUCUAUACGACCGUCAACUAAGUGGUAAAUAUUCAUAUAUAUAUCAUUCAGACAUGGGAUUAUAUUGAA